UACGAGCCUAACCUUAACAUUAUAAAGCACCAAAUCCAAAACGCUCUCUUUGCAACUGCAAAGCCCUUCAUAAUCGUAAUUCCCAUCAUGUCUUGCUUGAAUCUGAGGCUCCCAACGGCAAGAAAGGCGUGGUGGAGGAGCUUAACUUCCAAAAUACAAAGCAAACUCCACAAGCUCAACAAGCCCAAAUCCAUCGUCAAGCCAAGAAACCGCCCUAAAACCGUCCCUUCACGAAACAGCUACAAGUUUCUUGGAGCGCGUUUUAAACGCAAACGAUCGCGCCUUGUACAGCCCCGAAGUCCAAAGCGUCAUCUUGUCCUCAUCGGGAGUAGUCGGCAAUGCCACGCCCUGGAGAAAAGCAUUGCGCCUGUUUACGUGGACAAGCUCUUCAAAGAGAGCGUCUCUGGGAGAGUUGAUAAGCUUCUUCAGACUCUCCCGCCAAAGUCUCCCGGAACAAGCAAGGAGGCUACGGGGAACGGGGCGGAAAGGGCUUGCGCUGCCGACGACAUGUGGGAGGCAAUGGGAUUUGCGUCGCCGCAGAUGCAUGGAAUCGACGAGAGGGCGGAGCAAUUCAUUGCUAAGUUCAGGGCAGAAAUGGAGGUUCAGGAGAUGUUGGCUCGUGACUUGUAGUGAUAAAGCCUAUUUGGUUUUGCUUCUUUUGGGCUUUGUAAGAUGAAGGAGAUAAGAAAUUAUAAGCGAAGAUUAGGACCUGUUACAUGUAGAUAAUGAGAUUGUAUCUGGUUCUACUUGUCAGGGAAAAAAAAAAAAAAAAAAGAAUUUUGUACAUAUUAUUGUGUUUGUGUAUGAGUUCUGUUCUGUUGUCGCCAAUAACAGUCCAGUAAAUCAACAAAUUCAUCACACACAAAGAAAUUCCCUUUUUUUUUUU